AUGCCUCAACUGCCAGGAAGGUUUGUUUCUUUGAGAAGUUCUAGGAGUGAAGAUGUUCUUUCCGUGUUUGGUGCUAGUAUUUCACAAAGGUUGCUUGGGAGCAUGAGUUUGUCUCUGGUGUCUUUUGUGAGGAGGUAUUCUGUUAGAAGGUGUUUGACAGUGGUCACGGUGUUGCAUGAGAAAUCAGUUGGUUCUUUCGUUGCCCUUUUGGCUAUUUCGUCUGCAAUUUCGUUACCAGGUAAUCAAGAAGAUGAAAAUAAACCACCACUGUCAAUCAAUGAAACCAGCUUGAAGUUUCUCUAUUCCAAUUCAUAUCUUGGAAACGAUAAACAAAUUCAAAUAGAAUUUGGUAAUGAAACAAGUAUACUUGAGUACUGGAUACACAAUUUACCAUUGAAAGUUACUACUCACGGAUGGCUUUCAUCAGGCGAAAACUACACUGGAGUAUUUAUCAUUAACACCGCAUAUGUCGACAUCGGUGGGUACAAUGUGAUCGGUGUGGAUUGGAGUAGUAUUGCAGGUGAUCCCUUGUAUCCGGUUCCUGCAUCCUUGACCAGAGCCGUCGGUUCUGCAAUAGCUGCAUUUUUGGACCAUUUGGUGGAUUUCACAGGUAUAAAUCCAUCAGACAUACAUUUAAUAGGCCACAGUCUCGGUGCCCACGUUGUAGGAUCGUGUGGUUCUAAUUUUAACUCGGGAACAAUCGGCAGGAUUACGGGUUUAGAUCCAGCCGCACCUGGAUACGAGAUCAUACCCGUUCAUUUACCACACUUGAACAAAAAAGAUGCCCUAUUUGUCGACAUUAUCCACACUUCAGGAGGGACUAUUGGCUACUAUAAAAGUAUCGGCCACGCUGACUUCUUUCCCAACUCCGGAUCAGCGCCUCAACCAGGAUGCUUUUCAUUAUUCAAAUUACUAGAUUUCAUGCAUUGUAGCCAUUCAAGAUCAUAUGAACUUUAUGCAGACUCUGUGUACAAUUAUUUAGUUGCGAUAAAAUGUCCCUCAUGGGAUGAUUAUAAAUCUAACAAAUGUGAAAAUAACACUCUUGAGUUUAUGGGACACAACACAUCAUCCAGUAUUCUCGGAAAUGAUAAACCAAUAGAAAUUGAAUUUGGUAACGAAUCAAGUGUACUCGACUAUUGGAUUGACGAUUUCCCUUUAAAAGUCAUUACUCACGGAUGGCUUGCUUCAGACGAUAAUUUCACUGGAGUGUUUACCAUUAAAACCGCGUAUGUCGAUGCUGGAGGGUACAACGUGAUAUCAGUGGAUUGGAGCAAUAUCGCAAAAAAUAUCAUCUAUCACAAGCCGGCUAUCAUGACCGCGCCCGUGGGUAAUGUGAUCGCCGAGUUUUUGGAUCGUAUGGUCGCACACACAGGGACACAACCGUCGGACAUACAUUUAAUAGGUCACAGUCUCGGUGCCCACGUCAUGGGGUCGUGUGGUUCUAAUUUUAAGUCGGGAAAAAUCGGCAGGAUCACCGGUCUCGAUCCAGCCGCCUUGGGGUUCGAGUUUAUUCCUUUCCAAAAUGAACGGUUGAGCAUAGACGAUGCCGAGUUUGUGGACGUGAUACACACGGCCGGAGGGACUCUUGGCGUUAUGGAAAGUUUGGGCCACGCCGAUUUCUAUCCCAACGGUGGAAAAGCGCCACAACCUGGAUAUGAUGUCUUGUUCAGGAAGAUAGAGUCCAUAAUUGGCAGUCAUUCGAGAGCAUACCAUCUCUAUGCUGACUCAGUGUACAAUAGAAAAUCUUUGGUCGCGACACAAUGCAAUACGUGGUCGGCCUUUAAGUCGGACGAGUGUGUAAACAACUCUAAAAUUCUGAUGGGACACGACGCAAUAAUCAGUGCUCAGGGUGAUUUCUACUUGAAGACCAACCAAUCAAGUCCUUUUGGUAUUUAUUAAGCUUAUAUAUUACUACCUAUGUAAUAUAAUAUUAUAACCAACAUGCACUAGAUAUAAUAUGGAUAAGUUCAAACUUCAAAACGUCAUGUCAUAUUAUAAUAAUCACUUGUAGAGGUACAUGCGAUAAAUACAAUUUUUUUGUUGUAGCUUGUACGUAUUUAUACACUAAUAAACAAACAAACA